GCGGGUAUCGUCACUGAAUCACGUGCGGGUGAUACGAGCUUUACAGACGCAAGGAAGGAUGAACAGGAGCGUUGCAUUACCAAUAAAUCAACGACAACUGCUCUUUACAAAGAAUUGGCGCCUGAGCAGUUGGAUUUAGUGCGAAAAAUGGAAUCUCAGUCCACGGAUAAAAAGGGAACGCAGGAAGCUGGAUUUCUUAUCAAUCUCGUUGACCCGUCAGGCCGCUUAGACAUCAGCUCCGAGGUACCUGCUGCCCUUCGAUUGACAGAUGGUUGGAUGGUAGUCAUAGAUGCAGUGUCCGGUGUCUGUAUGCAGACAGAAAGCGUGCUACGUCAAGCUCUCACUGAGCGAAUCAAGCCCAUCUUCUUUCUAAAUAAGCUAGACAAUCUCAUUGACACGGGUCUGGACCCCGAAUCUCUCUAUCAGACUCUAGUAAGAGUCGUCGAAAACAUAGCCGUCAUUGUUGCUCAGUUUAGCGAGGAUGCUGGUCCAAUGGGUGAUAUUAGCGUCAAUCCCGGCAACGGUACUGUGGGUUUCGGUUCUGUUUUGCAGGGAUGGGCCUUCAAUCUCCGCACAAUGGCCUCUCUCUACGCAAAAAAGUUUGGUAUAGCAACGGAUGAGAUGAUGUCCAGGCUUUGGGGCGACAAUUUCUUCAAUGCCCAGGAGAAGAAAUGGCAAAAGCAAAGUGCUUCAGGAGGCGCUAGAAGCUUCGUUCAAUUUGUUUUGGAUCCAAUCUGCAAACUUUUCCGCACCGCCGAAGCUGAGGAUAAGCCAGCAAUACAAAAACUUCUUAAGCUGCUUAACGUCGAACUUAGUUCGGAAGCGAAUGAUUUGCCCUGCAAACAGAUGCUCCAAUGCGCUAUGCGCAAAUGGCUACCUGCUCAUGAUUUAUUUUCUGGAAAGGUCGCUACUGGCCAGAAGGUCCAAAUUAUGGGAGCUAACUUCGUCUACGGCAAGAAGGAUGAACUGUACGAAAAAAACAUCCAGCGUACGAUCCUGAUGAUGGGUCGUUAUACUGAAGCCAUCGGAGAUGUUCCCUGUGGAAAUAUCUGCGGUCUGGUUGGUGUUGACCAAUUUCUGGUGAAGACUGGCACUAUCACGACAUUUGCCGGAGCACACAGUAUGCGUCAAAUGAAAUUUAGCGUCACGCCUGUCGUUCGUGUUGCCGUCGAGUGCAUAAACGCAGGCGAUCUGCCGAAGUUAAUCGAAGGUUUGAAAUGGUUAGCAAAGAGUGAUCCUCUGGUCCAGGCCUAUUCGGAAGAAUCAGGAGAGCACAUUGUUGCCGGCGCCGGUGAAUUGCACCUUGAAAUCUGCCUGAAGGAUCUGGAGGAAAAUUACGCGUGUAUUCCAAUCAAAAAGUCAGAUCCCGUUGUCUUGUACAGAGAAACAGUCACAGCCCAGUCAUCGCAGCACUGCCUUUCGAAGUCUCCCAACAAACACAAUCGUCUGUUUUGCCGAGCCAAACCUAUCGGCGAGGAUUUGACAAGCAUAAUGGACAAGGGUGACAAGUUUGCAAGAAUGGAACCAAAAGAACGAGGACACUUGCUAACUGAUGAACAUGGUUGGGACGCUACCGACACCCGAAAUAUUUGGUGUUUCGGUCCGAACGAUACCGGCCCUAACCUCGUGGUAGAUGUCACAAAGGAUGUUCAGUGCCUUAAUGAUAUCAAAGAUAGCGUCGUGGCUGCAUUCCAGUGGGCCACGCGCGAGGGUGUGCUCUGCAACGAGGCUAUGCGUGGCAUCCGUUUCAACCUUGAGGGUGUUGUUUUGCACGCCGAUGCCAUCCACAGAGGAGGUGGCCAAAUCAUUCCCACUGCCAGGCGUUGUUUCCUUGCCAGCCAGCUGACGGCAUCGCCUAGGAUAAUGGAACCUGUGUACAUGUGCGAAAUUCAGGCUCCUGAUAAUGCCAUCGGCGGAGCAUACGGCGUCCUCAAUCAGAGACGCGGCGUAGUCUUGAGCGAGGAGAAGGCUCCAGGGACUGCAAUUUCCAUUGUCAAGACGCAUCUCCCUGUUAGCGAAUCUUUCGGCUUCACCGCUGCACUCCGCGCAAACACCGGCGGCCGCGCUUUCUCUCAAUGCCAUUUCGAUCAUUGGCAACUCUUCCCGGGUGAUCCUUUAGUCCCUAACAGCGAGUCAGGCAAACUUGUUACAGCUAUGAGGAGGCGCAAAGGACUGCGAGAGGCAAUACCAGAACUUGAUAACUUCCUCGAUAAACUUUAA